GUCAGCAGUGUGGCGCCGGCAGCCGUGCGAGUUAAACCGACCAGUACGGCGGCCGUUUGAAGCAGGUGAAGUGUCAGUCAGCGGACGAACGUCAGCAUUAGUGUUAGUUUCGCGGUGCCAUCCACCACCCGUCACUUGUCGCGGGCGACGGCAGCCAGGCCUCGCCACGCUCUUUGCUCCAACGAAACUUUGAUAAAACUUGUGAACUCCAAGUUCCCUCGCUACUGGGGACGAUUAAAAGUCCCUUGUGUACUUGGGAAGGUUGUUGUGUCUUUUUUUUAACUGGAAGAUGGACAAGUUGAAGAAAUGAUGUAGAGGCAGAAGAGAUUGGCUGUGCGUAUGGGGCCCAGCGAUCCUGUAGGGGUCGGCUGAACCCCCUGUUAGCAAGUCCUCGUGUCUCGGGCGUCCGUGGCCGGGCCAUCCCUGGCUGGUCCUGCUGGAGAGGUAACAUUACCUGUGGUGCUCAUGCAGUGAGAGUUGGCCCUCGAGCAGACUGAAGGGGCGGGUGCUGGGUGUGUGUAGGUAAUAGGAGUUCGUAGUACGUCGUUUUGUGGCGGAUCGGUAACUUAAACUUUUGAGUUCGAGGCUGGCGCGUGAGUCUCGAGGAAAACUGUGCUGUGUUGUUUGCAUGUGAGAAGCAGCGACGUGAACUCGUACAAGUGACUACAAAGAUAAGAAAAAUUGUUGUCGGAGACACUAACUGACAUUGAUAGAAAACAAAAGUUUGACAAACUAAUUUUCUGAGAAGUAAAGAGAACUUUAUUGUCUGUGGAAUUGUACUAUAUAAACAUUACUUUAGAAACGGAACAACAGAGCACUUAUUCUUUUCUGUACCAGGUGUGAGCAAGCCCUCACGGCACUCCUGCAUCUCAUCAGGAGGUGUGUGUUGUCUUCACUGCUGCAAGAGUGUGGGAUGCGGUGAGCCGGCGCCAUGGAGGGAGCCAAGGAUAACAAGCUUCUGUCCAUGCAUCGCCUCAGCCCUACGCCCUUCUCUUCAGACGAAGGUGCGGAGAGCGGGGACGACAGCGAGGAGGACAUCGUCACCAACUACCUGCCGGGGACAACAGGGGCGGCCAUGGUUGGGAGGGAGGGGCCUGCUACGUCCCCCCAUCACCACCAUCACCAUCCCCAGCUUCUGCUUUUCAAUCAGCAGCAGCCCCAGCAGCAGCAGCACCAGCAGCAAACACAGAAGCAGAAGCAACAACUCAUGCAACACCAGCAACAACUUCACCAGCAGCCGCAGCCACCGCAGGUGGUGGCCAGUGUGCUGCCUCUCCACACCCACGCCCAGGGGCCGCCCCGCCGCCUGGUGCGUAUGGCGGAGAUCCCCACCAUGGAUUCCAUUACGGCGGAGAGCCUGGGUAUGGGCGUCAGUGUGGGGCCCUCGGAUGCCUUCAUCCCGCCCAUACCCACCAUCAGCAUCACGCCCCACUCCCCCAUCGCCCACAAGCCCUUCACGGUGCUUGACGAGAACAUCCGGCAGCUGCAGGGUAUCCAGGCCACUAUCCAGCGGAUGAGGGAGACCAACUUGGCAGUGAAGAGUGGGCGCGGCCUGAGUCGUCUCAGCACGUCGUGUCCUUCGCUCAACGUGGACGGGGAGGAGAUCGACGACGACGACUCUCCCACAUGUAAGUCCCCCACUGGUGGUGGUGUCGCCCUCCCUGGGCCGAGCACCGCCGGCAGCAGCGGUCACCACCACGCCCUCGCCCACCACCAGGCCAGGCGGGGCUCUGGCAGACUCUCCUCGCGUUCCGACGAUGGGGAAACCACCAGCCCUAACACUCCCAACACCCCCAACACCCCCAUCACCUCCAGCUCCCUGGACGAGCACCACCUGUGUCCCGACACCCCCAAGAUCCGUGUCAACGACUCAACCCCCACAGGUUCCGAGGAGUUCCUGGACGCGAGGAAGACCCGAGUAGGGAGCACCAGUGACUGCCACCGCCGCCGCUCCUGGUCAGGCCUGUCCGAUGAGGAGAAGAAGCGAGCCAAUAGACACAGAAGCAUCAGUCUGAGCAGCCUGGACUCGGACGCAGAGGAAGCCUUCUACGAUGCCGAGGACAACACCACCAACCAGGGGUUAGACAGCGUGGAUGGUGGGUGUCGCCGAGGUGUGGAGAAACAGAGAUCAAUGUCCGGGUCAUCCUCUCCGGUGACCUAUGGCGGCGGCGGCUCCUCCACUCACUCUCUCAACGAUGUCCACCUGCAGGAGAAGCGGAGCUCGGGUCCUAUCGAAAAACCAAGGCUGCUGUCGCCGCGACUCACACUCCAGAAGUCAGUGUCCACGCCCUCUAUUCUGGCAGGCAUAACAGCCCAGCCACCUCAGCAGCAGCCGCAAUCGAACUACCAAUACGAGGACACUAAGAGAAGAAAAAGAGGCUCUCUGUUCUUCAGGAAAAAGAAGGACAAACUUAAGAAGAGCUCACAUCACUUUGUGGCCGUCUGCUACAGCAAUUCAGCAACGUGUGACGUGUGCAGCAAGCCCAUGACCAACAAGCCCGCUCUUCGAUGUGAGACGUGUCAGGUGUGUGUGCAUGAGAACUCUUGCAAGGAUCAAAUCUCUGACUGCUCCAAACUGAAGAAUCCCAAGCAUAUCCAGUUGGCAGCAGGACUCACAACACUGGUGAUCCAGAAACCUGGGACUGCUGCAACACUUGGCACCACCACUAAAAGCUCCAGCCUGGGCUCCUAUGCAGGCUCAGGAGGCAGUGCUCCUCCAGGCACUACUGCCAAGACACAAGCACCUGCUGUUGCUAGAUCUCGCUCUUCAGCUGCCCAUUCCUCUCCCACACGUCCCACCAGUGUUGCAUCACCAAGUGGCUGCGUGUCCUGGCCUCCGCGGCCCGCUAACCCCCCGGCCCGCCCCAACAGUGGCUGUGUGUCCAGCCCCGUCCGUAGACUGUCCGGCUUCUCCCAGUGGAAGCGAGUGGCUACCAAGUUGGGAGUCAACAAGGUGCAGAGCGAGGAGAAGGAGGCGGAGCUACUUCCACAUGAAGCGCCGGAUGCCAAUAUUCUGGAGGUUAACUCUGCAUCUAUGGAAUCAUUAGAUGAAGGUGGCAAUGAAGAACCUGAUCUAGAUGACAUUGAUGCUGACCCAGAGCUGAGACUGCUGGACAAGGAGCCAGAGCUGUGGGUGCAUACUGUAGAGAAAGAAGUUGUGGAGCAGCUGAAAGAAAAAGAAGUUAAAAAACAAGAACAUAUAUAUGAGUUAAUCAUCACAGAAAAGCAUCAUUGUCGUAUGCUGAAAGUUAUGCAAAAAGUGUUUGCUGAAGGAAUGGCUCGUGAAUUGAACAUGCAAGAGUCAAGAAUCAAGAGAAUAUUCCCCUGUCUGGAUGAACUUAUAACAUUACAUUGUUCAUUUCUCUGGAGACUGAGACAAAGACAGAGAGGUUGCAAGUACAUAGAAACUAUUGGGGACCUCUUGGUCGAUCAGUUCACAGGUGAUAAUGCCAAGGGUCUCAAAGAUGCAUAUGGCCAGUUCUGCUCCCAGCAUCAGGAUGCUGUUUCUUAUUACAAGGAUAUGCUCAAAACUGAUCGCAGAUUCCAAGCUUUCAUUAGACAAAAAUCUGCCCAUCCACUCAUGAAGAAGAAAGGCAUCCCAGAGUGUAUAUUGUUCGUGACGCACAGAGUCACCAAAUAUCCACUGAUGCUUGAAGCACUAAUGAAGUAUAGCAAAGAUCAAGAGGAGGAACUUUGUACACUAAAAAAAGCUUUAGAUUUAGUAAAAGAAAUUCUUGUAAACAUCAAUGCUCAAGUUGCCGAAAAAGAAAGGGAACAAAGAUUACUAGAAAUAUACCAUAAAAUCGAUGCCAAGUCUUCUGCUAUAUAUAAGGAUCAGAAGUUCAAAAAAUCGGACUUUUUCUCAAGAAGUAGAAAGCUCAAGUUUGAAGGUUCAGCAAUGUUAAGUCAACAGAAAGGAAAGCCUAUUCAGGUACAAGUUGUGGUUCUCUCAGACUUGGUGUUCUUCCUCCUGGAAAAUAAUGGAAAAUAUUCCUUCUUUUCUCCAGACUCAAAGCAAGCUGGUGUCAUUCCUCUGGGAAAACUUAUUGUAAGGGAAAAGGCUGGUGAAGGAUCAAGAGUUAUCUACCUCAUUUACUCUAAAAAUUCAGCAGAAAUGUUUGAGUUUGAAUGCAGUCAUCCUAAGGAUAAGAAAAUAUGGAUUGAAUCAAUAAGAGAAGCAAUAGAACACCGCCCAGAUGAAGACGAGCUCGGGGAACAUCCUGGUGAAUACUCUAAGCUGCAGGAAGCCCACACAGAAAAAAUCAAAGACCUUACUGGUUUUCUACAACAUAAGGACAAAGAGCUAGCAAGAUUAUGUGAGGAGAGAAUGAGCAUAGUACUAGAACUUCUGGAGUUGCUGGGGUACGAUGACCUGCCACCCGCCCCUCAGUAUCGUGCCCUUUUGGAUGAAAAUCAGUUGGAUUAUAAUACUGCAAGAGAUCUGCAAAUUACAUCACUUACAGAAGCACUAAAGUUGGUUAGUGGUGCUUGUGGGUGGGGUACCAACCUUGCUCGGUCAGUCAGUUCAGUUGGAGAGCAUCAAAGUGAAGCUUACGUAUCGCCAAGCUUGCCAAAACGAGCUGAAACCUUUGGAGGUUUUGAUAACUCAACUGCAGCAGGUCAUUCUGGUAAACAAUCAGGUGGUAAGAAGAAGAAAGACAGCCGUUUGUCUCUUACUUCAGCAGGAACCACAGACAGUGAUAUUAUUGAGAGUCUCAAGAACCGGCGACCUUCAGGCAGUACUCUGACAGUCCGCAGUUCCCAAGAUAACUUGAGUAUUGCCUCUUCAGGUGACUCCAUUACUCAACAACAACAAGAUGUUGCAGCCAAACUUAUACAUUGGCUCCAUACCUCCCUGGUCCUGAGCCAGCACCACCUCACACAGUAUGAUGUACUGAGGUCGAAGGUAGUGAUUGGUGGCGCUUCAGUUGAUAGUCGAUUCCGACAUUCCCAAAAGCUAGAAGAGCUUAGGAAUAUUCAAGAACAAAUUAGCCAUGAACGAGCUCAAUGGACUAAAGAACGAGAUGCUCAAGAGAAAUGGAUAUCUGAAAAGAAAAUUGAAAUUCAGAAGAAACAAGAACAACUGCGCUGUGAAGAACAAGAUAUUCAGCAGCAACGAGAAACUCUAUACAGAAAAUUGGAGGCUUUAAAGGCCCAAGGAAUUAUCCUCAGCCCCACCCUUACUGUGCUGACUACCACUCCCCCUUCUCAAAUGGUUCAUGAUGAACACCAAGCAGGAAAUCCAAGUGGGGUGGGGAGUGAUAGUGGGCCAACUCAGGGAUCCCCACACAGUUCACCUACUAGCACUGCAGCUCCAGCACGUCCCCGCACAGAUCACAAACACCGUAAUUCUUCAGCUUCACUCUCAAGUCUCAUUAAGCGAGAUUCCAACCAGUCUUUACCCACACAUCUAAUAUCAGCUGCUAAUCAGCAGAAAGGUUCUAUACCAUCAGUGAAGCAGCAGUUGCCCAUGAAACUGGCUAAGCUAGGAAGUAGCAGCAGCUCAGGAUCAUCCUCAUCUAGUAGUGCUGGAGGAGCAUCUUCUCCAAGCCAGGAUCACCAUCGAACCCACAUAAGUUCGGUGGCCAGUGGUGGUGUGCAACAAAUGUUGCCCUUAAAGCUCAGUCAGGGACCUGGAGAGAACAAAGGUUCUCGUAUGACAGUAGGGUAUCAACGAUUAGCAUCCCCUCCACCCUCUCUGCAAGAACCAACCAUUGGACAUUCCCAUCAGCGUACAGGUUCAUCACCUGCAACGUUACAAAAUGGGUCUCCAGCCACUAGUCCUGGGGCAUUCCCCUCCACUGCCACUACCACCGCCCAGGGUGCUCAUGCCACCCGCACUAAUACUUAUCCUAAGCUUCCCAGUAAACCUUCCAUGCCUGUCUCGCAGGCUGAGUCGACCCCCAAGGAAUCGCAGGAGGGAUCUGGUGUGGGUUCCAGUGCACGCCCUGGUCAGCGAAUUAAGGACCCUGACACGAAUCAGGACAUCAUAUUCUGCUAAGAGCUUCUACUGAAUUAGCUUUUCUAGAUUUCUUAGCAUCAGAAGUAUGUCAAUUUGCUGAAAAACUUUUGUUAGCAGGAUUGGCAUACUUCUGUCAGUCAUUAAUAGUGUCUGUCCUUGUGAUAAAGGCAUUCCUUCCUUUAUACACACCACCACUGUUACAUGAUCCUUACUGUUUACCAUAUUGUUCAGUGUGCAUUGUAUGCUGUAGAAAUGGGCCUUGUACAUACAAAUUUCAUAUUUGCACACUGUCUGCUGGCUACUGGUACACCCACUGGCGGGAGCUCGUACUCUUGUGUGAUAGAUACACCCUGAAAUAUCUUUUUAGCAAACAUUGCUUAGCGUAUGUGCAAGGUUGUUGGGUCAGUAUUCAUAUUAAGAAGUUAUAGUAAGUUUUUAUAAAUAUAGUAGAGAAUAAGUGAGAAUUAUGUGAUGUUUGAAAAUGGUUGAACUGAAUGGUUAUUUUUACAGAAGUAUGAAAGUUUGACUGACUGCACAUUCCUGUGGCCUUUACUGCCCUCUGCGUAGGGAAGGGAGCAGCCUCAAGGGGAGAGAGGCUGCUCGGCUUCUAAAAUGCAUUCUUGUACGGGCUGUCUCUGGUGGUGUGGAUGCAGCUGAGUUGUUGAUAUGUUUAAAUGUUUUUAUCUAUAGAAACAUAUAAGUUAUAGAAUUUUUAUUUAUAUAAUUACCUACUAAACAUAAAAUUCCAGAUAGCCAGGAAAGCAGUGUGCUCAUUCCAAAGAAUAAUAAUUUCUAUGUUAUAGUUGCUGUAUGUUAGCCCAGAUGGAAUAUAGGGUACCUUAUAUGAUGUAUAUCUAGAAUUCAUGUUUUCCUAAAGCUCAAUGUGUUUCAGCUAAAAGUCUGGCAAAGAUACAGCUGAAAAAUGUGUAUAGUAAUAUAAAGAUUUGUUGAGAUGGGGACAACCGUUGUGCUGAAUGUUUAGAUAGAUGUACAGUGUAAUUAACUACAGCACAAACAUCAACAUUCCUAGGGGUUAUUUUUUUGUGUAUUUGAAAUAAAAUAACUUUGAUAAUAUGUACAGAUGUUUCUGCAGUGAAUUAUUAUAAGAUUAUACAGUUUGCAUCACUUACUGCUUCAUCUUGGUUCAUAAAAUCCUUGUCUUAGGAAUACAGUGUUGAGAGUUUCUCCAAUUGGGAAGCUGGUAUAGUAAGACAGCAGAAUCAUGUUUUCAGUGCAAAUAAUAUCAAGCAGCCACGAUAGUGAACAACCACACACUAUUCAUCUGAUUUUAGACUGAACUGGUGAAAUGGUUACCAAGUUUCACAUCUAGCUAUCAUUUGAUAUAAUUGUCAUACUAGUUUGACAUUCUCAACAAAAUUUUCCCUGCAAUCCUGAUGGAUGUGCGUUGUGAUCUUUUAUAAGAUAAAGAAACAAAUAUAAAUAUCUAGUCUUCAGGUUUCCAGCUCACUGAUCUUCUAUGCGAUAAUAGAUUAAGAAGACAGUGUUGCUAUUCUCUUAUAAGUAACUGCUGUGCAUGGUCAUGAUAAUUUUGAAAUCAUUAUGUUUUUGUACAACACUGCUUGUUGCAUAGCUGCUUCCUUUACAAUAGAAGUUUUAAUGUGAAUUAUGUAGCCAUUUUACAUUCUUAAAAAAUCUGCGUAAGUAAAUCCUUAUAUUUUUGUGUAUUCAUAAUUAUCUUUUUAAUUGCAUUAUCAUUACAGUACAUUGCAUUCAGAGCUCAUAAACAUUAGCUGCAGUAUCUCUGAGUAUUCUUACUCUAGUUACUAAUGGUAACAUAUACCACCAGCAAGUAAAAGAUACAUUCAAAUGGUGAAUAUAUCUUAGAACUUAUCUCUCAACACACCUUCAACCAGAUGAGGAUUAUGCUACCUAGUUUACUACAUAGAACAUUCCAUAAUUUGCCAAUUAUUCAGGAAUGUCACACUAGAGUUGACCACUAUUCUGUCCACUAGCAUAGCUACCUUUGUUGAGGGGGACUUAACUGAUCUCUAUUUUUCUUUAUCAUAGUUUUCUCAUAGUCUCAUCCCUCUAUGUAAGUCAAAGUUGCAGUUUUCCUAUUGAACCAUCACUAGACAGAGCCUUCUCCAGUCAUAUUACUCACCUGGUGCUUAAAAAGUAAAUGGGAAAAUAUUGCAACUUUCUUGUCAUAAAGGGGACCAUCAUGAAAGUCAGUGUGUAUGCAUUGAACUCUAGUGUGCCAUUCUUGAUUAUAUGUUUGUAAUAACUAGGUACCAAUGAAGACUGGAGUCAAUUUAGCAGCAUGUGAUAAAAUACCAGUGGACAAGUCAUUAAUGUGGUUCAAGAAGUUGACCCAUUGUACGAAGCUUCUGCUCUAAUGCAAAAGCAUUUUAAUACAUUAUUUUGUGAAUAGAAGUCCAAGGAAUAAACUGUUUAUCGUUA